AUGGAGAAUCAGUUGUACGACAGGGAUAAGGUUUUACAGUUUGUUUUAGCUGAUUCUGGCGAUGAAAAUAGCGAUAGUGAGGAUGAAUUAGUUGCUGAUGUUCAAGAUGAAUUCGGACAAGAAAUGACAUUGCCUGAUAUGAGGACAAAUGUCUCUGCACACAAGAGAGAACCAAUACUUUUUCUGGAUGAAGAAUUUAAUUAAGUAAGUAUAACAAUAAUAUUAUCCCAUUCUACCGUUAUUUGUGCAAAAUACUAUAGAUAUAAUGCUGACAAUAUGAAGAUUAUUUAUAUGAAUAGACAACAUAAUAAAUACAAGUUGUUUAGUUUUAUAUUUUUACUUUUUAGCCUGAACUUUCUGACCAAUGUGACCAUGACAUUGACAAUGAGGGUGAUAGUGAUGAAUUGAGUCGACCAUUGCAGACGAUGAGCUUGGACCAAGUACAGAAAGACGAAGUAAGGUGUCCAAACCAAAGAAAAAAGGUAAGCCAAAGAAAGUAAAAACUGUACCCAAAAAGGGGAAAAAAGAUCAACUGCCAUGGAAACAAUUUACAGGAAUUGAAGAUAACACUGGGUCCUCAGUUCCAUUUGUCGAAGUUCCUGGCCCGUCAAGACGAGCUCUUCAAGCACUGACCAUUUUGGAUAUCUUACAGUUGUUGAUUCCCAUAACACUUGUGCAAAGCUGGGUUGACGAGACAAAUAGAUAUGCUGCUGUAUUGAGAACCAGAAAACCAUCAAAUAUGAAGUGGGUUGAUGUUUCUGUGGAAGAGCUGUUUGCUUAUAUUGGAAUGGUGAUUGCCAUGGGCUUGGCAAAUCUUCCAUCAGUGCUGGAUUAUUUUGCCACUGAGCCAAUUUUGUCACACCCUUGGUUCCCUUUGAUACUCAGCCAAGACCGGUUUGUGCUGAUAUCAAGGUAUUUUCAUGUGUCGGAUGAUACACAAUUUCCUGGAGACAAAUUGGGUAAACUUCGUGCACUUAUUGAUCAUUUGGUUCAAUCGUUUCAAAACCACUGGACACCUCACCGAGAAAUCAGCAUUGAUGAGCAGAUGAUUGGCGCAAAAAAAGCCAGCAAAGUUUGGUGUGAAGAAUUGGGUACUGGCAGACUCAAUUUUCCCUUAUGUGUGCAAUUUUCAAAUUUACUGAUAAUGGAUCUUGUCAAGCCAUAUUUGAACAAAGAUCACAGAUUGUUCAUGGACAAUUUUUACAGUAUGCCUACUCUCUAUGAACAACUUUAUGAGAAAAAAACACUGGCAUGUGGAACAGUCAGACAGGAGUCACAGGACAGAAAAGGAAAGGAAUGCCAGCAGAACUAUUGA